AUGUCCGCAACACCCGCCAAAAAGAAGCCGCUGAUCUUCAAGCGACGCGCUGGUCCUGUUUCAGCUCCAUCCACCGCGGCUCUCGACUCCGACUCCGAUUCCGACUCUGGUUCCAACCCGUCAGCAGUACCAAGACCUGCCAAGAGUCAGAGUACGCCAGCGGAUCGUACCGAUAACGGCGGUGUGGAUCUAUUUCGCCGAGCCAGACAGUUUUUUCCCCGAGCCAUCGAAGAACAGAAUCAACGCCUGCUGGCUGAGAAGCAGCGAAAACAGCAAUCACCAGCAGGUGCAACCGAUCGUACCCCCGCUUCCACUCCAGAUUCCGAGGAUCACGAUAUUAAGAGAAGGAAGGUGUCGUACGAGACAGCUAACAGCGACUAUGACGACAACCACGGCCGCCAACAGAAGGCUUCUCCGAACAAGCUUGGCAGCAAAGCCACCGCAACUCCAUCCCCGAAGACAUCGCCUUCGCAGAGAUCACCACAGUCACGAUCGCGAGACAAAGGCAAGGGGAUUGCGACACCGCACACCGUGAAUUCUCGUGUCAUCUUCGCCAAUGAAUCUUCGACUCGACAGCCCGAUACCAAGGCGGAGGCAGUGGAUGUCGCAGAAACGGCGGACGACUCGGCUGUACUGCUCGACAGUCCAGGUAGCAGCGGCGAGAGAGCGGUGAUCGAAGCCGCCAUUGCGCAGAUCAAAGCGGAAGAAUGCCGAGAGCCUCUGGCGGUUCCGGAUAUCAGGGAAGAUCCCCCGAAGGCCAUCGUUUUCGAGGUGGAGGAUGACAAAAGCGAGGACGAAGGCGAAGGCGAAGACGACAGCACAGAGACCGCAAAUCCAGAGUUCAACGAAUACAUUAUGCGGGCCCAUGCCCGAGCUGCCGCUGCCCAAACUGCACAGGCCGUGCGAGAAGCGGCAGGCAGUGUCGGCGCGUCCAGGGGCACUUCGACAACAGCGACAACGAGCUCGACCGGCACGUCGCAGCCAUUCGCGGGCCCAAGCCCCGGGUCCACGCCGGCGUCGUCUGGCACGCUGGCCGCCAGCGACCAGGCCUACCGCAUCCUCAUCACGCCCAAUCUGCCGGAGCCGGUGCCGCCUCUGGCCGCGAUGCUGCGCAUGGACCAGAUGAUGCGCUGUCUCCCAAAGGCCUUUUUGGACCACGCGCGGAAGAACGGGCUGCAACUGAGCGAGGAGGACGAGGCCGGCAUCGUGCUGACGUGGAAGGGCAUGAAGAUGUACUCCUGGACGACGGGCCACUUGCUAGGCGUGCGCCCCGACGCGCACGGCAAAUUCCACGACGAUUUGGGUCGAUCGUCCGGCUUCCAGUCGGGCGGCCUGCAUCUGGAAAUCUGGACAGAGGAUUUGUACGAGGCCUUCCUCAAGGACCAAGAGCGGCGGCGGCUGCGGAAGCUCGGUGAGGCAGUUGACCUCGACCUCGACAGCAGCAGCGAGAACGACGACGACGGGGCCGCCGGGCUUGGCGGCAGCAGCGGCCACGGCCACGAGGCCGGAGGAUCGGCAGCCACGGAAGCAGCAGCAGCGUCCAGCCGCCAGCGCAUCCGGCUCGUGCUCAAGUCGCGGGACCACGAGAAGCUCAACAUGACGGUAUAUGCCGACACCAAGGUGGAGACGCUGAUUGCGGCCUUCCGGGAGCAGCGCAAGAUUGCACCAGAACAGACGAUCGCGAUCCACUGGGACGGCGAGCGGCUGGAGGAGGACAUGACGGUGCAAGACGCAGAGAUGGAGGACAUGGACAGCGUCGAGGUCUUCAUUCACUAG